GUCGUCUUUCCCGACGCAAAAGUCGACGACGCGUGCGCCUUGCUCGCUCGCUCGCCGUCUGCCGUCGUUCUAGGUUUAGAGCCAGGUCACCAGCGCUAGGAGGGCGCGAAGUCGAGUAGACGGCCGGGCCUCUCCCGUUCUCCACGGACGGCUAGCGCUACUGGAGGCGACGCCUGGACGGCGACCCCGCACACUCACAGCCACACCCUCCACCUGUGUGACUAUUCAAGGGCUUAGGCCGAGCCGCCCGGCCAAUCGCCGUCCGCCGGACCGCUGAGGAAUUUUUCUUUCUCGUCAAAAGUUACUGCAUUCAUUUUACAGUAAUGGCUAUGGGGUUGAUUAAUGCUAAUCCUAUAAUCCAUGAGAAAAAAGAGAGGCGUGCCAGACAGGCACCAGAGACCACAGAUGAAAAUGCAGCAGAGCCCAUAGAUCAGCUGGAAAUAUUUGAUCACAUUAGAGAUAUAAAGGAUCCAGAGCACCCGUACUCACUGGAACAGCUGAAUGUGGUGACUGAAGAUUCAAUUGAACUCAAUGAUGAAAGUAAUUAUGUCAGGGUUACAUUCACCCCAACAGUGGAGCACUGCAGUAUGGCAACUAUUAUUGGCCUUUGCAUACGCGUGAAACUUGUACGGAGUCUCCCUCCUCGUUACAAGGUGGACAUAAGGGUUGCCCCUGGAUCACAUGCAACUGAAGCUGCUGUGAAUAAGCAACUGAACGACAAAGAACGUGUUGCGGCUGCAUUGGAGAACCCAAACCUACUGGACAUGGUCGAAGAGUGCUUAUCACCAACAUUUGAUUGAGGCCUGAAUAUCAAUAUAUCGGUGUGACAUGGUGUUGAUGUUCAGGAGCCACACAUGCUCAUUGCCAAUGGAGUUCACUCCUGUCUUUCGAGAACCAAAAUGCCUUGGGUGUUAAGUGACGUGUUGCAUGAUUUUUUUCCUCCGCCCCGUUCAGUUAUUAUAUAUGCUACUAUGGCGCUACCCUUUUUGGACGUUUUUGGUGCUUGUGACCUCACUGAUCAAUGCGAGAUGUAAUCAGCUCUUGUGCUGUAGCUUUCAGAGUGCUGUCGCUGUCACUGUCAGUGCCACGCCAUUUUGUGGCUGUGUACCCCCACACGAUCAACUUGGUAGGAGAAUCCUAGAAUCCUCUAGCACGGGUUGUUUCUGUUACCAUACCGGAAGUGUUUUAUUCUGAGUUUCUAGCAUGUUUUUUUAUCGUAUAACAGGCCCUUAGUUUGCAUAAGAAAAUCGUUAUUUCUAUUAAAGUUUGGCUUCUUGGCUCAACUGAUCAUGCUAAUUCUGUGGCUUAAUUU